CACGAAACACAAAGUUGAGUCCUUGCUUCUUAUGUUUGUUUGGGGAGAAGAUGACUGAGAACUGACAUCUUUGCAAAGGCUAGGCAGCACCAGUAGUACCUCACGAGAUGUCUUUACAAUAACACUGUAACCGGCUUAGUUUCACUUUCUAAAAUGUUUUACGCGCAUGGUUUGAUCAUCAUCUUGGGUUAUUUAACUACUUUAGGUGGAUCGCAGGAAGGGCCAAGAAUAAAGAGGACCAGACCAUCGGAUGCUGGAAAUGACGUAGAUAGCGAACUGGAUGAAAGGAACAAUCAAUUACAGGCCAAUUACGUUCCUCCUGGUUUUAUAAGUCCCUCUGUGAUCGAAUAUCUGGAGCUAGGGAAAUCCAUCCCAGGCAGGCCAGGCACUGACUAUCCAGUCCUAGGUACAGUACCUUACACCAAUUUUUACUGCGACGACCAAGCCUAUCCUGGAUUCUAUGCUGACGAGGAAGCAAGGUGUCAAAGUUGGCAUUACUGUGACAUCGACGGAAGGCAAACGACGUUUCUGUGUCCGAACGGAACCCAGUUUAGCCAAGCUGUUUUCGUUUGUGAUUGGUGGUUCAAUGUUAGAUGCGACCUGAGUUCGAAAUUGUAUGUCAUCAACAGUAGGUUGUAUGGUAGACCAAAACUUGAUCCAACACUUCCUCACCGAUCCAUAACAAAACAACUGUUGGAAAAUAUAUUCAAUGAUGAAGAGAGAAAAUAAAAUACUUCAAGAAAAUCCAACCUUCGAACAAAAAUUUUCUGAGGACUUGAAAUGAUAAGUCCAAAUAUGUGUUUAAGUUAUUUUAAGUGGCUCUGUAAAUAAAAUUAGAUUUCGCUCUUCUCUCGAGAUUUGUCGGAUAAUUCUCCUGAAAAUUUUAACUGUAAAUAUAUAUUUUUUAAUUCCG